AUGGGAAAACGAGGUGGCAAGAAGUUCAAUCGUGGUGGUGGUCGUGGCGGCGGCGGCCGUCGCAAUGAUAACUGGCAGACGAUUACCAGAAACAAUGAGAAGCUUGAGCGCUACUACAAUGAGCCCGAGUUUCUUGCCGACGAAGAGAGAGAGGCUUUCUGGACCCAUCUCCAGCGCGACCUGCCCAACAGUUUCCGCUUUACUGGCUCUCGUGGCCACGCGCUUGCUGUCCAGCAACGUCUCCGGGACUUCUACAUUCCCGAGAUCACCUCGAUUAAAUAUGAGGACGAAUUUGUUGACCCGCCGCGCCCAGUUUCGUGGUACCCCGACCAGCUUGCUUGGUGGAUGACCACCCCCAAGCAGGUCAUUCGCCGAUUUGCUCCCUUCUCCUCGUUCCAGAAGUUCCUCGUGGCCGAGACUGAGGUUGGAAACAUCAGUCGUCAGGAAGUUGUCAGCAUGAUUCCUCCCCUUCUCAUGGAUCUCCGUCCCGGUAUGACCUGCUUGGACAUGUGCGCUGCACCUGGAAGCAAGUCUUGCCAGCUGAUGGAGCUUAUCCACGCCGGAGAGGAGGAAUCCAUGGCGGAGGUUACCCAGAAGCUUAAGGAUGGCACUGCCGGACCUGAGCCUCUUGGCCCCGAGGGAUUGAACGACGACGGCCGUACCACUGGUCUGCUGAUCGCCAACGACAGUGACUACAAGCGUGCGCACAUGCUUAUUCACCAGAUGAAGCGCCUGAGCUCACCGAAUUUGAUUGUCACGAACCACGAUGCUACGAUGUACCCAUCAAUCAAGCUUCCCCCUCUUCCUUCUACUGAUGGCAAGCCCCAGAAGGGUCGCUACUUGAAGUUUGAUCGCAUUCUUGCCGACGUGCCCUGCUCCGGUGAUGGUACUGCCCGCAAGAACUACAAUGUCUGGAAGGACUGGAACCCCGCCAACGGUCUUGGACUCCACCUCACUCAGGUCAAGAUUUUGAUCCGUGCCUUGCAGAUGCUGAAGGUGGGUGGACGUGUCGUCUACUCUACCUGCAGUAUGAAUCCCGUUGAGAACGAGGCCGUUGUUGCCUGUGCUAUUGAGCGCUGCGGUGGUGCGGCCAACGUCAAGAUCAUUGACUGCAGCAAUGAGCUCCCCGGCUUGAAGCGGGCUGCUGGUCUGAAGACCUGGAAGGUUAUGGACCGUGAAGGCCGCAUCUGGUCCAGCUGGAAGGAUGUCGAGGAGCACAAGGACCAGGAGGGUAUUGAGGGUCUGGCUAGAUUCUCCGAGAGCUUGUUCCCUCCCACCGGAGAGAACGCUGAUCUGCCACUUGAGCGCUGCAUGCGUGUAUACCCCCAUCACCAAGAUACUGGUGGUUUCUUCAUCACUGUCCUUGAGAAGACGGCCGAAAUUAAGGCCAAGGCAGUGGAUCACUCUGCUAUCAUUACUAAGCCGCCCAAGGCCCCGAUCGCCGACCUUAUCACGGAGCUUGAUUCUCGCAAGAACAGUAAUGCCGAGCCCUAUCAGAAGCUGGACUCCCUCGAUGGCGUUGCUGUUCUCGACGAGGAGACCAAGGAAGACCUUGCGAAGAACGAGUCUGUCGCUGAGGCAACCAACCAGCUCCCGUACUGCGCCACUCUUGAUGCCGCUACUACUCUACCCGAGAAGCGUGGCGCGGAAGACCUGGAGGACUCUCUCCCGGCCAAGAAGACCAAGCUUGAUGACGGCAGCGAGGCUCUCGUUGGUGACCGCCCUGUCCACAAGCCUGCCCCUGCUGCGGUUGAGCAGUCUGGUGAUAGCACUCCCGCUGUCCUGUCGGAUAAGCCCUUGAAGAAGAAGGCACCCCAGGAGGACCCAUAUAAGUAUCUUGAUCCCCACCACGAGGAGCUUGAGCCUAUUUACAAGUUCUACGAGCUAUCUGAGCGGUUCCCGCGGGACCGGUUCAUGGUCCGUAACGCCGAUGCCACCCCAUCAAGAACCGUAUACUACACUAGCGCACUGGCCCGUGAUAUCCUCACCCAAAACGAAGGCUCUGGAAUGAAGUUUGUUCACUGUGGUGUGAAGAUGUUCGUGAAGCAGGAUGCCCAGCGCGAGAAUGUCUGCCGCUGGCGCAUCCAGACAGAUGGUCUGAAGAUCAUCGAGCCCUGGUUGGGACCCUCCCGAUCCCUUGUUCUGACCAAGAAGGAGACCCUCCGCAAGCUUCUUGUCCAGAUGUUCCCCAAGGUCACUGACAAUGGCUGGAAGGACCUGGGUGAGAUUGGCGAGGCAGUGCGUGACCUCCCGAUGGGCUGCAGUAUCCUGCGCGUUGAGCCUAACGGCCAGGAAGAUGGUCUCACUGAGCCGAUGGUGCUGCCUCUGUGGCGCUCUCUCUAUUCUCUGAACCUCAUGCUUCCCAAGGAAGAGCGUCGUGCCAUGCUGCUACGUAUUUUCAAUGAUGAUACCCCGCUGGUCAACCCCCAGAAGAACUUCAAGUCCGCUGGUACUGACAGCUCGGCCCCGGAGACUCCCGCCGUGGAGACUCCGGUCGAGUCCACUGCUGCCGCCGAGGACUCUGCCAUGAAGCACGAGAACCUCCAGGUUGGUCAGGAUGAGCAAGAGCACGUUGAAACCCGCGAGACCUACACCCAGGCUGAUGGCGAGGAGGACCGUUUCAACACUACUGUUUAA